AUACACGAGAGCCUAUGAAUGAGAUCACGAAAGAGACACCUGGUUCUCCAAUAGCUCAACAGAAUAUUGAGACUCCAGUCCUUACUCCAAUUCAGACGCAGCAGGAGACUCACGAGCUUAUGAAUGAGAUCAUUUCACCAAACAUUUCCGACACACAGCCAAAUACCCGAGCUCGCAGAAAUCUUUUAACAGAGCAAAAUAAGGAUGUAGAAAGCAGAGUUCAAAAUCCCUUUGAGAUCGGAGCAAAUGUGGAGAUUUCAUCACAAGAUGACAAUACUUGUCAUAAAUGGUAUCCAGGAAAUGUGUUGGCAACAUAUUUGGUUGAUGGGGUUGAGAUGGUGAAAGUUGAGUACUCCGUCCCGUCUCUGGACGAAAAGAAGAGGAAAAGGAGUGUUGAGACACGUGUAUCAAUUGACAGAAUACGUCCUCAACCACCACCUGAGAGACCUGGAGCGAAGAAAAGUUAUGAGCUAAUGCAGGACGUGGAGGCGUUCGACAAUGGUGCCUGGUGCGCUGGAAAAGUUAAAGUCAUUUUGUUUGAUGGCUCGUGUUUUGUCUCUUUGAACAAUUCUACUGAACAAAUUUACUUCAACCAUUCUGAGAUGCGAAAACCAAGAAAAUGGGUAGAUGGUGUUUGGGAGAUGACAAAAAAGAUGGAAGAAGAGCAGACGCAGAGUGUGAAUCCAAGUGAAGGAGAUGGUGAUAAAAAGGGGAAGGCGAAGGCUGUCGCUUGUAAGAAAAAUGAAGCAGCUGGUCCAUCAGAAGAUGGUGUUGGGAAAAUGGCAAAAGAGAUGGAAGUAAAGCAGGGUAAGAGUGUGAAACCAAGUCAAGACGAUCAUGCAAAAAAGGGGAAGCCUGAUGUUGGUAAGAAGAAGAAAGCAAAUGCUCAGCCAGUAGAUUUGCUUCCUUUUCUACAGCGAGAAGAGAAGAGGCCAAUACGACCUAGAAACCCUCCUAUACCUGUAACACCUGAGGUAAUCCUUCCAAUUGAUCCAUUUGUGACACCUGAAUUUCCUCGGUUUUCAAGGCUUGCACACUGGAUGGAUCUACGGGGCAUAUAUCGUGUGUAAGCAACUUUUUGUCCUUGCAUAAAUAUUCCUAAUUUAUUUUGUAAAAGUUUCGAUUGAUACUAGUUAAUUUUAUUAACUACAGACCGUUUUAUAUCAAUGGAAAAGAAAUUGAAAAAGAGUUCUUUCAAAAAAUGGACGAUGCAUAAAACAAUCUCAACAAAGAGGUAAUCAACACUCUGUUCUGUCUUCUAUUUGAUUGUCAUAUGUUUAGGAAGAGGUUGAGUUGAGCUAUGCUAGAUGUCCAUGUUAUAGCAGUUCUAUAUGAAGUUUCUAACUAUAUUGUUACAUUGGCAGCACAUAAAUGUUGCAUUUGAAAUGCUAAAUUGUAAGAGGGUUGAGCAAGGUGUUUGGUUCCGCAACAACAAUCUUCCAGCAGCAUGCUUUGUACCAGUCAAAUUCUUAGAAGUGGUUGGGUACGCUUAUGAAUCUGUCAGGAAACCACAUAAGAAAAAACAAACGUUAUUGGAGGGCUGUGUAGGCGAACUUGUGAAAGGUUUAAUACAUCCAAAGAAGGUAUGGCUGGAAGAUGUUGAUGUUAUAUAUGGUGUCAUUGAAGAUAAGUUGAACUAUCACUAUAUUGGGGUGGAGAUACAAUUGAUGGACAACACAAUCACACUCUUCCAUUGUGGUCUUCCAAAAGCAAAUAUCAAACGUGCUCUUAAUCAAAUCCAAGAACUGGCAGGUAAAAACUCUUUGUGAUUUAUUAAUUUUAUCAUUCAGUGUAGAAAAAUCAGUUUAAUUUAUAUUGUUACAUUGAUAAUGGAUAGGAUUGUGAAAGUAUGCGUAUCCUGAAAAAAGAAUUGUAGCUAAUUUAGAAAAUAAAAGUUUGUCACUUGCUGCUUGUGCUUGUGAUGCAUUUUUACAUAUUCAUUUUGUUGUCUGUUGGUGAUUGAUUUAUUGUAUAAUUUUGGGUAUUUAUGACAGUGUUGAUUAGUGCCAUAAAGAUGGAACUUCUUGGUUAAGAGGUUAAUUUCGAAGAUAUCAGUCCAUUUGAAGUUAAGUUUGCAGAAGGGCUUCCAAAGACAAAAUUUCCAUACAACUGUGGUAUUUUUGUUGUGAAGAUGCUGGAAUGCAGGUCACUGGGAAUGAAGAGCAUGGCUAAUAUAAAUGAUGAAACUGCGAUGGACUUACGAAGCAAGCUAUGUUGUGAGAUCUUCAACCAGUUUAUGGAUAAAGAUUUCCAGGAAGGUCAAAGGAAGUGAAAAUGUCAUAUUUGUUUUGUUUUCUACUCUGUUUUUCUACUUUGAUAUUAAUUAUCCCUACCGUUUAAGUUUAAGUUUGUAAUGAAUUAUCCCUAACGUUUUUUUCAUUUAGAUUGUUAUUGAAAAAUUUUUAGGAUGUAUUGAUGAAUUGUCAAAUGCUUAUGGUACUUUUAGGAUGGGUUUCCAGAAAAAGAGUGAGAAAGCAAAAUGCACCAAAGCCUAGCAAAUUCCUUUAAAGUUUACAAAAAAAUGAAAAAGAAUGUGAUAUGAUGUUGAUUGAACUCGUGAACUCUCGAAAGAUGAAUCAAAGUGUGCAGCCGUUGUACCAAGGGUGUUAUACUUGCCAAAAGCUAUAAUAAAACGAAAAUAACUUUUGAAUAUUUAAUUAAAAACAGAAAAAAAUGUGAGUAUACACAACGGGGAUCGAACACGGCUUAUUGUGUGAUAAGGGUACACUAAGAGUAGAAGGGCUUGCCACUAGGCUACGGUGGAUAUUCGAUAACAGAGUAAAUGUAAACUUAUUUAUUCACAGACGAUAGAUUUAUAUAAUCUGGAUAUCAUUUUAUGUAUUCAGGAUGACUUUCCAAAAGCAAAUAAGCAAAUCAGAUAACUAAGUUACAAGAACACUAGGCCAAACCAUUACAAAAUAGUGAAAAACAUUGAACAAGUUUUUUAUUUAGGUUGUUAAUUGAAGAAACAACACAAGAGAAACAAAAGUACUUAUUCAUUUAAAAUAAAAACUGAAAAUCAAACAUAAUGUGGUCCUUAAAAACAUAAAAAGAGAAGAUGAUAACAUGAAAUUACUCAUGACACAGCCAACUUUCGCCAAGUUUAUCCCAAUCAGGGACUUUGACCUUCACAUCAGCAAGCAUUCCUUCCGCUUCCGAGUGCUCUUCUUUGAGUUUCUCCAACUCAGCAGUUAAAUCAAAUUUUCCAUCAGCUUUGAUAAUAUCUUCAAGCAACUCGAUUUGGACAGCAAUUGCUGGAUGCCAGAUUCCAAUCAUUAUAGCCUGUAUUCGUUGGACAAACGAAGAAGAGCCCUGUAAUGUACCACAGUUUCCUUCUUCCCCUUAUUGAAACCUUCGGCGGCAUCACAUCCGUAAACCUCCUCUAUGGGACGCUUCAUCAUCUUCUUUGAACUUCCUUCCAUUGAAACUUUGUCCUGCAACAAAAUCGAAACUAAGAUGUUACGAUAAAAUAGAAAUAGAAAAAAGUUCAUGAAUUGAAUGGAAAAUGAGAAAAAUCGAAAACUAACUUGUAUUGCAAAAGGAUAAAUCAGACGAAAUGAAGUGAGUGAAUAAAAGGUCUGAUAUCGUCCCUUAUAUUUAUAGAACUAAAAGGAACUCUUCAAUUAUUGAAGUCAGUUAAAAUAAACUCUUGAUUAUUGUGGAACUCUUCGAUUAUUGAAGUCAGUUACUGAAAUAACCAAUCAUAUAACAGCCAAUCUUGACGAAAAGAAACUCUUCGGUUACUGAGUUACAUGAUGUCGUUUGGAAGAGACUCUUCGAUUCCUGAGAUAUAUGAUUGAACAAAAAAAAAAAUCAACCAUUACUCGUUGGAGAGUCAAACCCGGGUCGAACAAAUGUUUCGGUAUCAUAGGUUUCGUGGUUUAGCCGCUAGGCUGAGGAGAAUCAUCUGUUAGUUGCUUCCACAUAAUUGAAUUUAGCCAUACAAUUUAUAGUAUAAUACAUUGGAAAGAUCUUUGAUAGUUCAGGAUGGGCUUCCAGAGUAUGCAUGAAUAAUAUACAUGAAUAUUAGUGUGCUUCUUUCUUAAA